CAAUCAGAAUCGCCGGAGACGCUGAGCGCAGCCAAUCGGUUUGCAGCGAGCGAGGAUUUAAACCAGGACUCCGUGCGUUGAAGCACUACCUUCUCCGCUGCGAUUUCGAGGUUGUUUGUGGAAGAGAAGCACAUAGAGACAUGGCCCUGAGAGUAACCCGAAAUCGUCUGGCCUCCACCCGGACCGAGCUUCCCGGAAAGACGUGCUCGGUGUCCGGGCCUACACUGAAGCCCCGCGCGGCGCUCGGAGAGAUCGGAAACGUCGCUAACAAAGAUGUUACGAAAAAGAAUGUCAAGACAGAGGCUGCUAAGAAGACUAAGAUCACAGCUAAAGCUGAGAAGAUCGAACAACCCAAAGCUGCUCUGGUUCCUGUUAAACCAGAGCCUGAAGUGCAGGUGCCAGCACAGCCUGAACCUGCAUCCCCCACCCCCAUGGAGACCUCUGGCUGUGAGCCCGCCGACCUCUGUCAAGCGUUCUCAGACGUCAUCCUCAACACGGCCAUCAGGGAUGUGGAUGCAGAUGACUACGACAACCCCAUGCUCUGCAGCGAAUACGUGAAGGACAUCUACAAGUACCUCCGUCAGCUAGAGGUAGAGCAGAGCGUCAAACCAAACUACCUUCAGGGUCAGGAGGUCAGCGGAAACAUGCGAGCCAUCCUCAUUGACUGGCUGGUGCAAGUGAACCUCAAGUUCCGUCUGCUGCAGGAGACCAUGUACAUGACUGUGGGCAUAAUCGACCGCUUUCUUCAGGACCAUCCAGUCCCCAAGAAGCAGCUGCAGCUGGUCGGCGUGACCGCCAUGUUCCUGGCCUCCAAAUACGAGGAAAUGUACCCUCCAGAGAUCUCAGACUUCGCCUACGUGACGGACAGGGCUUACACCACUGCUCAGAUCAGAGACAUGGAGAUGACGAUUCUACGAGUGCUGAAGUUCCAGCUGGGUCGCCCCCUCCCGCUGCAGUUCCUCAGGAGGGCCUCAAAGAUCUAUGAGGUGACAGCUGAACAACACACCCUGGCUAAAUACCUGCUGGAGCUCUCCAUGGUGGACUACGACAUGGCUCACUUCCCACCCUCCAUGGUGGCGAGUGCAGCUCUGGCGCUCGCGCUGAAGGUCCUGGAUGCAGGGGAGUGGGAUGUGACGCUGCAGCAUUACAUGGAGUACACAGCAGAGACCCUGACACCUGUUAUGGCCCACAUCGCCAAGAAUGUAGUGAAAGUGAACGACGGGCUGACCAAACACAUGGCCAUCAAAGGAAAAUACUCUACGUCAAAGCAGAUGAGGAUCGCCACCAUCGCUCAGCUCAAAUCCUCGCUGGUUAAAGAUCUGGCGAAGCAGCUUUCUCAGUGAGGUCAGCACCGUGUGCUGCAGUGUACAGAUGGACCUGUCGCCGCAAUCCGUGCGUUUGGGAUUUGUCUAGUUCACUUUUUACCGACUAGUUUUUAAUUUUUCUUUUUUGAAAAGUGUAACAGUCACUGCCCUCAAAACAUCUCCUCAGAGCUCAGUUGGCUACAUCUGACCACAGUAAUGCACAGUUUACUUGUCUUUGAUCUCUACAUCGUGAUUAACGCACCUCUUAGCCACUGAACUCAUGAUGGUUAGAUGUUCAUCUAAAAACGUAUGGAUUUACAGCAAUAUUCUAGCAGAUUCCAUCUGUGGUGGCUAUGUAAUAUGUACAGUCUUUUAAAUGAUUUUUAUGUUGUAUGGUUUUCUUUCUUGCUUUUAAUUUUUUUUUUUAUUAAAUGACCUUUAACCUAAGA